UCCUUUUCCUGUACCAAGACAGCCUCCGAAAGGUUCUCCCCUCUCGGGCGUGUCAGAAAUACGAGCCAUUGCGCCUGCAGUGUGAAAGAGCCACGUCUGCCGUGUUCAGUUGCGCUACAGAUACAAGGGCCUCCACCAAGGAUUACCCGUAGAAUGUCUCUACUCUUCGAAAUUGUGACCGCUGUUCUCAUCAUCAUCAUCAUCAUGGCUGGAAUCUUCACAGGAUCAUCACAGACAUUAUCGGAGAACGAGAGUGCCACAAGCAGCACAGAAGAACUACGCAGAAAUGAGGAGCACAUUACCACCGAUGCUCAUCUGGAACUGCAGCCAUUUACUCACGUAAUGAGGGCAUUGGAUACACCUGAGGAUAACGACACAGAUAUAACCGCAUCUCCUGACGCCUCGCCGCCUGACUCCACUAUUGCAGGGUUCGAGGGACACGAAUGUCUACAGCAAAAAGCAAGAGCAGUCAGCAUAGAAAGAGAUGUCUCGACCUGUUCGAUCCAAGUGGACUCAGGAGUGAUAAGAAGAGACUCGGGCGUCAUUAGAAUACGGGAACAAUAUACGCAGGAUGACUUGUGGUACGACAUGGAUUAUAAGAAUGGAGGUCGAAAGCUCGGAAAAUGUGUCAUCUUCAACUUCUCGAAGGUUGCUGGAUAUCCUGAACGAAUUGGAACCGAAAAAGACGAAGAGAGGAUACGAACGCUGUUUGAAGGACAGUUUGGAUUUGAUGUUGAUGUGCAUGGAAACCUCAAAAAGGAGGCGAUGCUCAGAACGCUUGAAAAGCUGGCUGGCGAGGAUCACUCAAGUUCAUGCUGCCUCUGCUUGUUCCUGUUGAGCCAUGGGGACGAUGAUGGCAUAAUCUGCUCAGACGGCCAAGAAAUUCAACUGUCCAAAGUGUAUGCUAUGUUCGACCCAAGGACCUGUAAAGGUCUUGCUGCUAAACCUAAAUUGUUUUUCGUUCAGGCUUGCCGCGGUAAAGAGAUAGACACAAGUGUCCGACAUGACGGUCCAGCUCAUACUGACGCGAGGAGCUUCAAAACAACGCUUCCCAGACAUGCUGAUUUCUUCGUCUUCUACGCCACAUGCCCUGGUCUGUACUGGUACAGAGACGAAAAUGACGGAUCAUUCUUCAUUCAGACGCUCUGUCAAGUCCUGGAGAGAAAUUUCCACCACAGUGAUUUCCUGACUAUGAUGACACUUGUCAUGCUUCAUGUGGCACAGCAAGAGAACAAAAUGACCAAACAGAUGCCGAACACAAAUUCUACGCUGAGGAAGAAUUUACGCUUGAGAAAAAAGGUUGUAGAAGCCUCUAAGGUAACUGCGCUGGCUCAUGGCGCUGGAUUGCUGGAAGAUAUUGCACCGCAGAGUAGGACAUCUUCAGACGACGUAACUGCGCUGGCUAAUGCCGCUGGAUUGCUGGAAGAUAUUACACCGCAGAGUAGUACAUCUUCAGACGACGAGGACAAGAUGGGCGACGAACUAUCAAGAACACAGCCAUGCAGAGCUCCUGCGCACAGUGAACAGCGCACGCAUAGCCAGGUGCUAUCACCAAGUGGUCACAUUGAAGACUUUGGGACCUUGGAGGUACAGUCACCCAGAGAGGUGAUAUGGCGGCUGAAAGGAAUAAGCAGACUUUUGAAGGUCGCUCCAGUACAGCUGAGGUAUAUCUCUCAGGCGCUCAAGUCAUAUCUGCUUCAGAAAAGCAUCUGCAUAGAAAAGCCACUCUGAGCGGUUGAAGCACCUUCAUCUUUCGGCAUACCAGCUUCACGAGUCCCUCUGUGACGGGUCAACAGAUGCCUACACAAGCAGCACAAGAUGUAGGGACUUGUUGUCUCAUGCUGGAGAUGUCAGUGUGUGUGUGCCUGUGCAGUCAAUAUACAGUUGUUCUACAGUAAACUCUU